CACUUAACAAAUGUGACUCCAGUUAAACUUCUUGAAUCAGUUAACCCACAGAACCUUGUGAUUAGGAACUUAAAAAUAUCAGUGGAAAUAUAUUAGUGAUGUUGUUCUAGCCUCUGUGUUAGUCAGAAUUAGACUAUGAAUACGUUAUUCUUUUAUCGUCUCAUUCGUGUUGAUGAAAAUUGACACACACACUUUUCCCUGGAGUUUUCAUUUCACAAGCCUAUGGCUUGUGAUAAUACACACAAUGUUAACAUUAGUUUGCGCAUAGUAGCAUUUGCUGUGAUUGUAUAAAUACCAGUAUUUCUAUUGGAAAUUAAAAUUGUAGUUGCAGUUUGAAUGAUUAUCAUUUAGUAAUUCCAGUUUCUGGCCCAAGGCAGCUGCGUGUUAAUCAUUUGAGGAGGUUACAAACAUGAAUUCCUUCUCACUGCUAUAAUACAUAUACAUUUUCCAUAGCAGUAUAGGAACCAAUAAGAAUAACUUGGGAUGGGAAACCAUGUACUGACAUGUAAGGACUAGAUGAAAUGGGAUUUAUGAAGGUAAAUUAAAUUCAAAUUUUCUUCUGCAUCCCUUCAAUGUCGGUACUGACAGUACCAAGUCAUGCCCCCCAAAACAAAAGGGGUGAGACUAAAAAAUAACAUGCAAUAUUAAAUAACAUCACAGUCAUGUCACAAGGAAGCUGAUACAUUUUAUAGCCUCUUAAAAUAAUAGUGGGAAAUGUGCAACAAGCCUUAAAGGAUCAGUAACAGAAAAAAAUAUUUUUUUUUUUAAAAGUCUCUUUAAGUACAAGGCUCAAAAGUCCCAAGACAUGGUAAGUGACAGACCGCAAAACCCAAAAAUUCUAACCUUUUCACUACUCAAACUGGCACAUUAUGAGAAUCAAGCAUCACAGAACAAAUAAUGUCCAUGUCUUGUUUAAGGAUUAAGUAGAUUAUCCACACCAGACUCUGGCGACAAUUUGGAUACAAGUACCACUAGUGCUGAAACUAUGUACCCAACCCUAAGUAGUAGCCUGUGGCCCUAGAACAGUGAUCCCCAUCCAGUCGCUUGCAAGCAACAUAUCACUCAACAACCCCAUGGAUGUUGUUCCCAGUGUCCCCAACGCAGGUGCUUAAUUUUGAAUUCCAGUCUUGAAAGCAAGUUUUUGUUUCAUAAAAACCAGAUGUACUGCCAAGUAUAGUCUCUGUAGGCUGCCAGUCCAUGCAGGGGCUACCAAAUAGCCAAUUAGGUAAAAAAAAAGCUUGGUGACACCUGCCCUAGAAAAUAUGACUUUGCACUCACCAGCAACACUGCUCAUUGGUAGCAGUUCAGAUCAGUGUUGACAGCAAUCAAACUCCAGUACCAAUCUCCGAUCAGCAGAAAAUCAACCAAACUCAAUGCUUAUAAAUCACACAAUGAAAAUAUGCAGAACCCCAAGUACUAUAACUAUGAAACAAAUUUAACUAAUAUCCCCAUUGUGAACAACCUAGGACCAAAUGCAACUAUAGUGCAAAGACACACCAGCAGCCAAAGCCUACUAAUGUGCAAGUACAUCUAGUGACCUAAAUCUCCUACAGCACCUGCAAGCCUGACACCAAACCUGCUAUUGUAUACUGAAACUACUGACACAACAGAAUACUAACCCAGUUAAUUCCUGGAGACAAGCUCAGAUACUGACCAGGUAGUCAUCUAACAAGCCUAAAACAAUUAGUGCCAACCAGAAAUCAUGUUAAUUAAGAUCCUUUGAUAAACAUGUGACUAUGCUAAUGAAGGUCGUUAGAGAACAGGAACUCAUCAGCCUUCCUUUACAUAUUGUGGGGAAACCUUUUUCCCAAAACAAAGGCACCACCCAUAGUUCUUUGUUGUAAGUAGUUGAAGCAGAUCCAGGCUUGGGGGGAUCCAAAAUGGGAUAAAAAGGUGUGAGAAUGAGAGGUGAGUUAGUUUGGGGAACAGACGUGUGGGUACAGGAGCUCUGCAGGCUAAUGAGGAGACUCUGCCCAAGGACAGAAGAUAUAAAGAAGCUCCAGAACGAAUAAUUCUCUGAUCCUUUAGAGACAAGGGGACAUUAGACUGUGCAACUGCUCCAACAUCAGGAAAUCCUCACAUUGGAAAGAAGAAUCUGUAUCAAACGCAGAGAAAGUUCUAGAGCAAUGAGCCUUCCAAACACCCAGGAAGAAUUUCCCUCAGUGAAGAAAAGUUACACAUGCCAAGAAUGUGGGAAAAAUUUCAGGAGAAAACCCCAUCUUAAUUCUCACCAGAGUGUUCACACUGGGGAGACACCGUUUACGUGUACAGAAUGUGGGAAAUGUUUUAGGUUAAAAGAAAGUCUCAAAAAACACGAAAGAAUUCACACUGGGGAGAAACCAUUCAUGUGCAUGGAAUGUGGGAAAUGUUUCAGGCUACGUGAAGAGUUUCAAAAACACAAGAGGAGUCACACAGGGGAAAAACCUUAUUCAUGUACAGAAUGUGGGAAAACAUUCUCUUUAAAGAGUAAUCUACUCAGUCACCAGAAUAUUCACACAGGAGUAAAAUCGUUUGUGUGCACAGAAUGUGGAAAAUGGUUCUCUCGCAAAAGCCACCUACAGCUCCACUUUACAGUUCACACGGGGGAGAAACCAUUUCCUUGUACAGAAUGUGGGAAACAUUUUUCUGCUAAGUAUCAGCUACUCACCCACCAGGCAAUUCAUACAGGAGUGAAACCAUUCAUGUGUACAGAAUGUGGGAAGAGUUUCUUCACCAAAAGCAGGCUAAAGAAACACCACACAAUUCACACAGGAGAGAAACAUUUCUUUUGUACAGAAUGUGGCACAAGUUUCGCUAAACAACAUGACCUUUCUGUACACCUAAGGGUCCAUGCAAAAGAGAAACGUUUCACAUGUAUGGAAUUUGGAAAACCGUAUACUAAGGACAGGCUUGAAGAACUUGUUCAAAGUCACUAAGAUAUCUGUACAUGUACACAACGUUCGAGAAUCUUUUCUGAGAAUUUUCCCAUGCACAGAAUGUGCCAUUCUGACUUUAGAGUUUCCUUAUCGAACAUCAGAGAAUUUGUGAACAAGUUCAACUUUCAUAUGUACCGACUGUGGCAAAACUUACUCUGCAAAGUCCAACCUUCAACAUCAUCUGAUCCACACAGAUGGAAAUCUCUGACAUGUACAGAAUGUAGCCUUCAGUGACCACAGAAAAGUCUCCUACAAGAAGACCUAAAGAACCCACCAAAUGGAGAUUCCAUUCAUAUGCACAGAAUGAGAUCAAUUUCACUCAUAAAUCUCUCUCACACUCUAUGGGGGGCUGUUUCUCCCAAGUACAUUUUGUCUACAAAAAUAUCCCCAGUACACAGAAUGAAUGAAUAUCUCUCAGAGAACAUUUGUUUGUGGCUAUAUUCACUGGUUAAACAUAUACAAAAGAGAUAUUUAUAUUAAACAAUGAGAACAAAAUCACUUUUGUGCAUAAAGGGAUAUCAUUAUAUUACACACUACAAUAUUUUAACAAGCAACUAUAAAUGUAUAACAUUCAUUUAACCAAUGUAGGGAUGUGUGAAUCACAGAUGUUGCAUCACAUAACUAUAUGUAAGUUGUGUAACUUGAUAUUGCAGUGUAAAGAUCUAAAUCAGUUGAUAUCCAUGGAGGGGGGAGCUUAUGUAAGAUGGGUUUAUACUGUACUCGAUAAUGUAUAUACAAAUGCCUCACAUACUGAGUUACCAUUGUUAACACAAAUUACAGUAUUUUAGAUUAUAACAAGGGGCCCCUCACCCAUGUCAGUAGUUGUGCUGCUAAUAUUAGUAGAGUUUGAUAUGAUGCAAUAAAAACUGUGAUAGGAAGAGUUGUAUCACCAUCACUUAAACACCUAUAGCCCUAUUAGGAAAUGUUUGUUCUUAAUUCAUGUGUAUUGUUAUUCAGCACAGGGAACAUUAGAGGGCGCCCUCUAUAACAGGCCAGAUAGUAUCCUAUGCAUUAGGGAUGAUGUGGAGCAGAACUGAAAAUGUUUCACCUUGUUAAAUAAAUCCUACAAUCAAAUCCUUUUCUGUGUUUGUUUAUAAGACUUUACCAAAUCAAUAAAAAAAUUGUCAAGAAA